AUGUCUAGCGAUAAGGUUCUUGCCCCCGAGACUGUCCUCAAGCAGCGUAAGAACGCUGAGAAGUCCGCCGUUGAGUCGGCCGCCGCCGCCGCCACCACCAAGAAGGAGCGUCGCCAGAAGCGUCAGGUCAUCUUCAAGCGUGCUGAGCAGUACGUCAAGGAGUACCGCCAGCUUGAGCGCUCGGAGAUCCGUCUCCGUCGCCAGGCCAAGCAGAACGGUAACUUCUACGUUGCUGCCCAGCCCAAGCUUGCUCUUGUCAUCCGUACCAAGGGUAUCAACAAGAUUGCCCCCAAGCCCCGCAAGGUGCUCCAGCUCCUGCGUCUGCUCCAGAUCAACAACAGUAUCUUUGUUCGUCUGACCUACGCCACCACCCAGAUGCUCCAGAUCAUCACUCCCUACGCCGCCUGGGGUACUCCCAACCUUAAGACCGUCAAGGAGCUGAUCUACAAGCGCGGAUACGCCAAGAUCAACAAGCAGCGCAUCCCCAUCUCUGACAACAGCAUCAUCGAGCAGAACCUCGGCCGCUACGGCAUCAUCUGCAUUGAGGAUCUUAUCCACGAGAUUUUCACUGUUGGCCCCAACUUCAAGAUCGCCAACAACUUCCUGUGGCCCUUCAAGCUCUCCAACCCUACCGGUGGAUGGUCUGGCCGCAAGGUCCGUCACUUCAUCGAGGGUGGUGAUGCCGGCAACCGCGAGGAGUUCAUCAACGCUCUUGUCCGCCAGAUGAACUAA